ACCUUUUCUAACGGUAUCAUAUUUAAGCAGAAUUUGAUUAUAUUGAGAGAAAUACACAGGAAAUCAAACAGCAUAUCCAAAGUCAAAUAACUUAAAACAUCUUCAACUGACAAACCCCUAUUCCAAUUGUGGAGUCAUUCAGGGGGAUGCUUUGCUUAGUCAUCAACUUCGUGCUCCGGUCGAUUUAAGGUACUUCCGAAGUAGGCAACUCCGACCACGUCCUACGCCCUUUGAGUCUUUGAGCACCGAUCCUUCCCCGGAGUCAAUGACUUGCUGUUCGGCGAAUCAGUUACCUUGAGAAUAACGCCUUCACGAUACGAUAAGAUGCGCCUGGCCCGUGCCCUGCAUCGACAUCUAUGGACCCCUGCUGCUCUUGCUGACCGUAUUUAUGGCCGACCAACCUUUGAUGAUGAUCAAGAUGCAUUUUCCUGUUCUUCUCUUACUUGGGGUGUAGUAGAAAUAUCUUGGACCAACUUACUAAAUAUAAUCACUCAACCCUGGUGCGCAUGAGAACGUGAUCACGUACCCACCAGUGCUCUGAGAAAUUUUCAAGCUGAGCCAACAUGCAGCUCACCAGCUUGCUGCAAAAGCCCUCGGGCUAUAUUCUGGCCAGUGUACUCUGCUCGCUGGGAGGGUUCCUUUUCGGCAUCGAUACUGGUAUCAUUGGCCCCGUCACCGUAAUGAACGAUUUCACCAAAUAUGCUGGUAAUCCGUCCCCUACAAUCCACGGUCUGAUCGUAUCGUCUAUUCUCAUACCUGCGGCAAUUUCGUCCUUCUUCGCCGGUAGAGUUGCGGAUGCGCUUGGCCGCCCCCUCGGAAUUGCCAUCGGCUCUUUCAUCUUUGGCACCGGAGCUGCUCUCGAAGGCGCCUCCGUGCAUAUUGCUAUGUUUAUUGUCGGCCGCGUCGUCGAAGGAAUUGGUGAGGGGCUUUAUCUUAGCAUGAUGGUGGUUUAUAUCUGCGAGAUUUCACCCCCUCGCUACCGUGGCGCCCUAACCACGGCGCCCCAACUACUCACUACUCUUGGCUUGGUCACCGGCUUCUUCACAUGCUACGGCACCGCUAAUAUGCAGUCGUCAUUCUCCUGGCGUCUACCCUUUAUCCUGCUGGCUGCAUACUCGGGCGCCUUUUCCGCCUCAGUCCUCAUGUGGCUCCCGCCCUCCCCGCGAUGGCUCACCCUCCACGGGAAGACCCAAGAAGCCUCCGCGGCCUGGGACAAACUUGGCGUUGCUGCCGCUGACAGGGAGAAGAUCCUAGACCAGUACGACGCUACCGUCGUUGAAAACGCCAUCCCGGACGCCAGUGGCAACAUCAGCGCCGGCCACGUCGCGUCGACCACGAUCGCCGUCCCGAAGUCGAAGAAAGCCGAGAUGCUCGACGUGCUGUCUUCGGACGCUCGCCCUCGUCUGAUUCUAGCCGUCUUCCUCAUGGGUAUGCAGCAGCUAAGCGGCAUCGACGGCGUUCUUUACUACGCCCCGCUCCUCUUCCAACAAGCCGGCCUAUCCUCCAACGAAUCCACCUUCCUCGCCUCCGGCGUCUCCGCGAUCCUGAUCUUCGGGGUAACCAUCCCAGCGACCAUCUUCGCGGACCGAUGGGGGCGUCGCCUGAACACGAUCCUCGGCGGGCUAGGCAUGACGUUGACCAUGUUCCUCAUGGGCGCGCUGUACGCCUCCUCGUCGGUGCACGCGGGGACCGGGGCCGGCCGCUGGGUCGUCAUAGUCUGCAUCUACGCCUUCGCCGUCAUCUACUGCGUGUCGUGGGCCGUCGGCAUCAAGGUGUACGCGGCGGAGAUCCAGCCGCAGCGCACGCGCGCGAGCGCCACCUCCAUCGCGCACGGCAGCAACUGGCUCAGCAACUUCCUCGUCGCUCUCGUCACGCCGACGCUGCUCGCGAAGACGAGCUACGGCGCGUAUUUCCUGUUCGGCGGCUGCACGCUCCUGACCGCGGCCGUGUGCUGGGUCUUCAUGCCCGAGACGCGGGGCAUGAGCCUCGGCGAGAUUGACGAGGCGUUCGUGACGAAGAGCGGUCUGGCUAAGGUUAGCGGGGUGAGGGAGUGGGCGAGGUCGUUGCAGGGAAGGGUUCGGUGGAGGAGGCCGGUUGCGGUGGAUGUGGAUGCUUGAAUGUAUAGGUACGUAAGAGCCAGGAAAGGGUCUUGUAUUGGAUUUUCCUGUCGAGUGCCUAGGUAGGUGGCCAGCGUGCUAGAUAUAUACGAACCGAGAUUAGUCAUAGCCAUAUGUAGUGCCUUACCCUGGUUGGUGGGUGGACUUUGAAAGCAUCCCUCAGAAAGCAAGUACUCAUCAAUCAAAUUAAGAGGUCACUUAAUCCA